AUGUCCGAUGAAGGAGGAUGCAGUCAUCGAUACCCAGGGAUUGGGAACAUUGCCUACGUUAAAGAUCUUAUGACUAGAAAGAUGGCAACAAGGACGUUCAAUUGUUCGCGAUUUGGAGCUUCAGUUGCACCUGAACUGGGAUGGGUAAUGUCACCCUAUCCUACUUUAAUACCUAAUUUUAUCCACAAGAUUUUAAUUUAUGUACCUUGCAGAGUACUUUAUUUUCCAUCAUUUUCAUUCCAUCAGGAUAAAAUGAACAGAUGUUUCAAAGAAUCAUGCCCAAUUGGUUUUGCAUAUCUUCCUGGUUAUCAUAUCGACACAUCAGGCUCGUACAGGUAAUUAUUAUGCUAUGGUUUGAAUUAGAAGAUACAAACAUUUUCACAUACCGUCAUGCAGCUACAGUGUCAUGUCUGGACGUUCAGGCAUACAGGACAGUCAAACUUCAUUCAUUGGAUGUGAUCAUGGAAAGAUAAAGUAUAUCUAAAAUAUAAACGAGAAAACAUUUGAUUCGGGCGACAGAAUUGUAUUGGAAAUUGGCACACUUUUGGUCCCUUGAUCAUAUGAUUUAACAGUGAUUCAAUCUAUAUUGGUAAAAUAUCAACCUUAAUAAUUUUAAUUUGCUAGCAAGGAGCACUAGGGAAAAUUUUAUCAUUAGUCUCAGUUUUUAAACGUUUUAUAUCAAACACAACAUUGCAUUCAGUCAGUUUGUUUAUGGCCAUUCGACUGGGCCUUGUUCGCCAUUUUUGGGUAUUAAACCGCAGAAACUUUUUGCAUGUCUCCUAAUGGUCCAUACUAAAAUAUUUCCCGAUUCAGCAAAAACCUAGCUAUAUAAUGCGAUGUUACGAUUUUACAGUGGUGUGCAUGUUUUGGUCCUGACAGUAAGCAGGAUUACUGCGCACCAAAAUGUCAAGCAAUCAAUGGGGGAACUCUUUUAAGAGAAAAGGACAAUAUCACAGUUUGGUUUUGGAUCCGUUUAUCUUUACCGAAACGUGUUUGGAAAAAAUACAUGGAGUUUAAAGAAAAAUGCUGGAAAGGUGCUGGAAAAAUGGAAACAUGGCGUGUCGAGAAUGGAAUAAGGAGAAAGGUAUGGUAGAACGAAACUAGAAAUAUACAGGUAGGUAAGUGGGGGGUGGGGGAGGUGGCAGUGAUCUCCAUAUUUAUCUGAAGCAAGAACGUCAGUCAGGAAGAAGUUAUUUCGCUGACCUCAAAAUGACAUUUUGUCAAAAUAUUUUUCUUCAAGAUUGGUUUAGAAACAAACUUGGAGUAGGGUUAGGUUAGUGUUAGGAUUAUGGUUUUGGCUAGAGUUAGCUAUAGUGUUUGGAAUAGAGCUAGUGUUGCUAAAACUGUUGGUUUGCGACGUUUUGUCACUCUGAGGUCAGCGAAAUAACCUGUUCCGUCAGUCAUUCAUGGCGGCCAUUGACGUCCAAUAGCUCUGAAGGUCGUAAACAGCUUUUAUACAAUCCCCCCCUGCUAAUUCCAGUUUUUAACGGACCGUAUCGCUAACCAAGUUAUCAGUUCAUAAAACCAUAGUGUUAUUCUUUACAUCGAUGUCAAAAUACGAAAUUGCCAUGAUGGCGGAAAUUGAAGGAGCUAUAGGACUUCAGUUCCAGUCCCGUUCUAUUGUUUUUGUCUGCGCGGUUAACGUUUUGGACUCGAGUUCUCGCUCCAGAUCUAUACGGAGCUCACUGGGGUGUGCUCAGCCUAGUCCCAGGCUCUCUCUCUAUUCAUUGCUUUGAGGUAUGCCUGGAUGUGCUGUGCGGAACGCCUCAUGAGCGAGAGAGCCUAGCAGAUUUCGGUAAAAGUCGUAAAAUGGUGCCUGAUUUAAAAAAAGUGGUCCCUGGCCUGGUUACCAAGCAUGCCGCAUUUGUAAAUAGAAAAUGUUAUGGAAAUUUUCUUUGCGUUUAUAAUUAAGUCAUUAAUUUUGCUCUAAUGCUGUCGGAACAAUGAAGUAGGCUAGGUUUCGCUUUCAUACGGUCAGAAUGGAAUAACGGGCUAAAUAUGACUCGUGUUUACUAAAAUAUAAAGCCAUAUUAAAUGCUAUCUAGAAGCUUGAAAAUUAUGCUGAGUCUCCGACUAAAAAUGUUUUGACAACACAGUCAUGUCAGGCAAAUAUUUCCAAUCUCCUCAGCUACUUAAACCUGUCAAGUAGAAAGCGUAGUUGUGUAUACCAGUAUGGUCUGGUGUUGAUCACAACUUGCGAGUAUAUAAAUAACAUCAACGAUUAUACGACCAUAUUGCUCAGACUCAGUAUCGUAAAUUUUUAUAUAAAUUUUUUUAAUCGAGCACAUUUUUAAUACAGUUUGAAUUUGGUUAUGUAGACAUCGAACAUGAUCAACGAACAUUGUCGUAUUUACAAAGUUAUUUGUAUAUAUAAAUUUUCCGCCGUAAUAAAAAUACUGAAUUCUGCUACGCGUUCUGAAGCACCUUUAGCGGUGACGUCACACAUGGGUCCCAGUCUCGUACUACAUCCACGUUUUUUCUCGCGCUUGCUUCAGAACGACUGGGACUAGGCUGGGGGUGUGCUAUUAUACAUCCUUAUUUGCAGCUGAGAGCUAAGCUGAAUUGCGAAGAAUGCAGCUCAGCCUGAUCGACUCGAAAGCUUUCUAAGGGUGCCUCUGGCAGCCACCUUAUGACCCAAGUCUGAUAAUGGAGCACAGCUACGGUGGAAGGGUCAGUUUAGGUGGGCUUCUACACGUUUUAAAAUACAGUUUAAGAAUUAAGACAACGUAUAUAUUCACCAGACUGGUGCAAAAUCUGAAACAAAACCAUAUGAGGUUCCCUUUAUAAGACAUUUGUCUAUAUAAUUGUUCAUAUGUAUUAGUUAUUUAGGGUCCAUGUUCAGUUCCUGAAGAUGUCACAAUUAAUGAUGGGGUAAGCUAUAAAAAGUCAUUAAAUAAGUUUUUUAUGUAUUAUAUCAAAUUAUUUCCCCUGCUUAGCAGAAAAUCUGAGCCAAACUGCAUUUUCUCUGUGCUUAGAAUAAUUCUUCUUGUGGUAUCACAACAUCAAACAACAUCACUGCACGAUUUUGUUGAUUUUUAUACAGGUUGCAGUAGUCCCUAACAAUCAAUCAAUGAACAAACUUCCAAAGGUGGAAGGUCUUCUUUCCUAUCUUUCUGAUAGGAAGAAGCUGUAUAUCAAAGAACAAUCUCAGUGGACAGCAUUGGCAAAUCAAAAAGAAGUACUUUUUACCUCCUGACCAGUUUUACUGCGGAUAUUACUUUUCAGGCAAAAUGUAAACGUAAAAUUUCCCUCUCCCGCCUCAACUCCUCGACAUUUUAAAACUGCCAGCUGCGCAGACAGGCAUUUACCUGACGUACUUGAUUUGUGGAAUAUAAUAGCUAAAAUACGACGAACAAUACUGAGUCUUUUAACACACUGAAAAGACUGGAUGGCACAAUUGUUAUCAUAGUGUGCAAAGAGUUAUGCAUGCAAAGGGCUCAUUAGGAGAAAAAUGAAUUGCGAUAACGCCUGAUGUGGAAGGGAGGAUCCAGCUUUUUUCACAAGAAUCGUGCAUUAGGUCAUGCAUGAAGUCGAAAGUACAGCCAGCUCGUUGGGAUCACCAAUUGGUCGGCGAUUUUAAGCGGUAAAUGAAAGUGUUAUUAACCAAUAUAGUUACGGGAUAAUUACGCCUCGCAAUUAAUUAAGAAUUGAAUUUCACGAUUAAACUAAUCUUCUCUUUUUCAUAAAAAGAUUAAAGAUGUCAUUGGAAAGCUUGACAGUUUCAAGCAAGAAAUCAACAAUAAACUUACAACGGUAAAUAGAAAAGGUAAAAUGAGGGUAUUACUUACUCUGUUUUUAAUGUAAAAUAAAAUAAAGAAAAUUGAAAUAUUAAUAAGAAGAAUUUUAAUAUAUCUGUGCACGUUGAAGUAUCCCCCUCCCCCCCUCCCCCCGUUAAUCUCAAUAUAAAAUUCUAGCUCAUGUCUAGUCGCUUUGAAACUUGUUAAUCUUAUAGUGAAAAAAAGAUUCAAGAUGUCACUGGUGAACUUGACAGUUUCAAACAAGAAGUCAACAAUAACUUAUAAUGGUGAAUAAAGGUAAUAUAAUUAACAAUUAUACCAUGAGCUCGAGUCGUAUAUGAGCUGAUAGCCGACGAGGUGCGUAGCACCGAGUCGGCUAUCAGCCAUAUAAGACGAGCGCGAAUGGUAUAAUUGUUUUAUAAUAUAGUUUAAUAGCCAUUAGCUGAAGCAAUAAUUAAUUAUCCUCUGUUACGAUGUCUUGACAAUUUGUUCGGCCAAAAACCGCUCGGCCUUGAAAAUUUGAAAUACUUUUGUUUUACAACUCGAAGACGAAGUGAAAGAAAUGGUUUUAGAAUCGGUAUAUCUCACAGAAAAGCUCAGAUAUAUUAUACAGAUUUUGGUAGUAUAGUAAGUGCUUGUUGACUGCAAAUUAAUUUGUCUUUCGUUGCAAACUUUUCGGAACAAUUUAUAUUCUCAAUGAACAUGUUUUUUUCGCUGUUGUUUCGGUAUUAAUUCUUUAAAAAACUUGUAUUUAAACUAAUUUCUAUGUAAUAAAUGUAUUUUGCUAACCUGUCAAAUUUUUUUGAGAGUUUUUCCUUGUGCUAUUAUCUUUCUUAAAGCGAAUAUUUUCCUUUUUUCUGCUUCGCAAAACUCAUGUAGUUUUUGGAGCGCCGUCAUGUUUUUCGCUACUCGUCGUUUAUGAGCUGAUAUACGGCGAGCAAUUCAACCAAUCAGAUUGCAGAACAGCUCAUAUACGGUGAAUGACUAUAUUAUAAUAUAGAAUAUAAUAUAGAAUUCUGACAAAUAGUGGCAGGCUUUAUUUAGAUGCGUUACCUAUUUUAUAUUUUAUAUUAGUUCAUUCGCUAAUGUUAUACACCUAAUGUUACACCUUUUUGUUUUUUAUUAAAGAUGUCAAAGACAACAAAGCGCUGACACAGAAAUGGAUGACUCAAAGGUAAAAUUAGACUAUUAUAUAAUGGUGUUCUUCAUGCACCCUGUUUUAUCUUUUUGUUACUGUCCAAUGUAAUUUUGCGCAGUGAAGACAAAGUAUUUUUGACAUUACGAAGCAAUCAUCCAAUAAUGGCAAUCAUCUCUUAAAUUAAGACACUCAACUGCAUGCACUGUUGAAAUAUUCAUCUCGCAAACUGAUUUCAAAAGAUUUUUGAACGUUGAAGUAUUUCCUUAGGCCUGUUUUAUACGUCGAAUUUCGGUCGCGUCCGAAUGCAAUUAAGACAAUAGAUAAUGAAGCUUAAUGAGAUUUAUCAUCUUGUUAUCUAUUGUGAAUGUCUUAAUUGCAUUCAACGCGACCAAAAUUCGACGUAUAAAACAGGCCUAAUUAAUUAAGUCGUCUCAAUAUAAAAUUGUAGCUCGUAUAGUCGGUAUAGACGCUUUGAAAUUUAUUGAAUUUGUAGUGAGAAAGCGAUGACAGUGGGAAACUUAAUAGUUUAAGCAAGAAGUCAACAAUAAACUUACGACGAUGCACGAAUAAAGGUAAUAAAGAAAAAUUAAAUAAAUAAAGUAAUAUCAGGAUUAUUAGCAAGUUUUAUUUAGAUGCGUUGCCCUAAUUUCGAUGUUUUAUUUUCUAUUUUCUAUUAGUUCAUUGGCUAUACCACUCUUUUCCUUUUUAAAGAUGUUAAAGUGCUGACACACAAAUCAUGCAUGCAAAUAUGGAUGAGUCGAAGGUAAAAUAAGGGUACUUAAUGGUUUUCUUUACUUUGUCAUUGUUCAUAUCUUUUUUUCAUGUUUGUUCAAACAUGUUACACGAUGAAGCAAUUAUCAACUAGUAUAAUUUCAGCAUCAAAAUUGCUCAACCCGUUCUCGAUUAAUCGCACUCUUGGAAAUUCUUAACCGCAAAAUUUCAAAAGAUUUGUAGGCCUACAAGCUAGUCGAUCAUCUCAAACCAUAAAAAUCGUAGCUCAUUAUAGACGCUUUGAGUUUCCAGUGAGUUUUCUACAAGUUAUAUAAACCAAAAUUCAAAAUACAGAAUAUUUCGUUUACCUUACAGCAACAAGAGAAGUGGUGUUCACAAAAUCAGUGUUGGAAACAAUAAAGUUAUCAACGUGUACUGUCAAAUGACGUCAGUUUUAAGUUGCUCUGGCGGUGGUUGGACAAUGGUGAUGAAAAUUGACGGACGUUUGGUAAGUCAAAACGAGGCUCUAUAGCCAAGAGGACGUAUUUUCCAGAAGGGUGUAAAGGAUGAGGUCUCGGAUGAAGGCUGGGAUUAAAUGUAACUUUAGGAUUAGGGUCAUGUUUAGGAAUAAGGUCAGGCUGAGGAAUCAGAUUAAGGAUUAGGCUGAGAUGAAGGAUCAAAGUCAAUCUGACUAAAAAUGCUGUGCUGAGUGGUUAUAUUACCACCUUAAAAAAUAAGCAGAAACUCGACGUUUCGAGCGAAGGCCCUUCGUCAAGAGUUAGUAGCAGGGAUCGGGGAAAAUGCGCGGGCUUUUAUACUAAAUGUAUGAAAACAUCACGUGACAAAAAAUAAACCAAUUAGAUGGAUUUAAUCAUAACAAAGUGAAACAAAAUAUGUAAAUCGCAUUACAGAAUAUAAAAUAAAAUAAUUAAAAAUAUAAAAAUAUACAGGAAGUUAAGACAAUUACUACAAAAAAUAAUCAAAACAAAACACGAGUGGGAAUAAGGUAAAAGUAAUAAAUAGAGAUUGUCAAUAUCUGCUAUAGACAGGCAAGAACAGAUGGCAUCAUUGACAAUCCACAAGACAUGUCUUCUGCAUUGUCUAUGAUGGCAUUAAACAUAAGAAAUGCGUUCAUUAAUGCCAGAAGGGUGAACAGUGCCAAGUUUGGAUAUGAGGCGCAUUUCAUGCCGUUUGCGGCUAUCGUUGCUUCCAGAAAUGGGACAGAGGGCUCGAAUUACCAUAUCUGAAACACUGUGAUUGCCAUUAUUAAAAUGUCUGGCAACAGGUUGGUUAGCAUCAUUGCCAAUAACUGCACGCCGAUGCUCACCAAACCUUGUGCUUACACAUCUUCCAGUUUCUCCAAUGUAAAGCAUGUCACAUCUGCUGCAAGAGAUGCAGUAGAUGGGAGGAGGCGCACGUGAAGUGGUGCUUGAUGUGAAAUUCAGAUUUAGGUGCAGAAACGAUAGUGGUAGAAUCUAUAAAAUCACAGGUUUUACAUUUGACGACAGGCAAGGAAAAGUGCCUUUCUGUGACGUAGAAGCCUGUACUAGGGAGCUAUGGACAAAGGUACGUUUCACGGAUAUUUUUGCUGUGUCGAAAAGAAACUAAGGGGUUAUCGGAGAAAAUGGAAGAUGUUUCAGGGUCGUUUUUUAAAAUAUGGAAAUUCUUGUUGAUGACAUCUCUAACUUUGAAAUUGAAAGGAUGAUAGUUUAAUACUAGGGGGAUUUUGUUGUUGCCUGUGACAUUAGACACAGGGUCUUUGAGGGUGUCAGAACGGGGAAUUUGGGAGGCCUUCGAAAAGGCAGUGUCUAACAGAGAGGUAGGAUAACCACGUUGGACAAAAUGUGUCUCAUCUCCAGACUUUUGGCCUGAAAAUCUUCGUCUUCACUGCAGAUGCGGCGAAGACGAAGGAACUGAGAGAAGGGAAUCGAUCUUUUGGUGUGGUUGGGGUGGGAAGAGGAAAAUAGAAGAUAGCUAUGGGAGUCAGUGGGACUGUAGAACACAGAGUAGAUAGUUUGUUACCAUUGAUUGAUACAAGGAUAUCGAAGAAUGAUACACUGGUCUCAUUGAUCUCCCAUGUGAACUGGAGUGCUGGAUGAAAAUUAUUAACAAAGUUAAUAAAGCGUUCCAAUUCGACACGAGAACAUGAUGCUGUGCCAAGACAGUAAUCUAUGUACCUACCAAGGUAAUCGGGGAUGGGAUCAGUGUACUGUUCGAAGAUUUGUUUUUCCACAAAACCAACAAACAAAUUAGCAUAGUUGGGUCCCAUUUUAGUUCCCAUUGCUACACCAUUUAUCUGUUGGUAAUGCUCACCAUCAAAGGAAAAAUUGUUGAGGGUAAUUCAUUUUCACCAUGGACGUCAAAUCCUUAUACACUGUAAUUCCGCAUGAUGAUGGUUUAAGGCCCCUCAAAUUCUUUCUAGAUUAACGCCCUAACCAGGAACCGGCCACUUCUGUUUUGGUCUGAUUGGCUGAAUUGAUGCUUACCCUCAACAAUUUUUCCUUUGAUGAAAACAAAAUCCCCCUAGUAUUAAACUAUCAUCCUUUCAAUUUCAAAGUUAGAGAUGUCAUCAACAAGAAUUUCCAUAUUUUAAAAAACAACCCUGAAACAUCUUCCAUUUUCUCCGAUAACCCCUUAGUUUCUUUUCGACACAGCAAAAAUAUCCGUGAAACCCUUGUCCAUAGCUCCCUAGCACAGGCUUCGACGUCACAGAAAGGCACUUUUCUUUGCCUGUCGUCGAAAUGUAUUACCUGUGAUUUUAUAGAUUCUACCACUAUCGUUUCGACACCUAAAUCUGAAUUUCACAUCAAGCACCAUUUCACGUGCGACUCCUCCCAUCUCAUCUACUGCAUCUCUUGCAGCAGAUGUGGAUGCUUUACAUUGGGGAAACUGGAAGAUGUUUAAGGACAAGGUUUGGUGAGCAUCGGCGUGCAGUUAUUGGCAAUGAUGCUAACCAACCUGUUGCCAGACAUUUUAAUAAUGGCAAUCACAGUGUUUCAGAUAUGGUAAUUCGAGCCCUCUGUCCCAUUUCUGGAAGCAACGAUAGCCGCAAACGACAUGAAAUGCGCCUCAUAUCCAAACUUGGCACUGUUCACCCUUCUGGCAUUAAUGAAUGCUUUUCUUAUGUUUAAUGCCAUCAUACACAAUGCAGAAGACAUGUCUUCUGGAUUGUCAAUGAUGCCAUCUGUCCUUGCCUGUCUAUAGCAGAUAUUGACAAUCUCUAUUUAUUACUUUUACCUUAUUCCCACUCGUGUUUUGUUUUGAUUAUUUUUUGUAGUAAUUGUCUUAACUUCCUGUAUAUUUUUAUAUUUUUAAUUAUUUUAUUUUAUAUUCUGUAAUGCGAUUUACAUAUUUUGUUUACACUUUUGUUAUGAUUAAAUCCAUCUAAUUGGUUUAUUUUUUGUCACGUGAUGUUUUCAUACACUUAGUAUAAAAGCCCGUACAUUUUCUCCGAUCCCUGCUACUAACUCUUGACGAAGGGCCUUCGCUCGAAACGUCGAGUUUCUGCUUAUUUUUAAGGUAGUAAUAUAACCACUCAGCACAGCAUUUCUACAUUGGUACUACCUACACUGGUAUAGACAGUUUUAGUAUAUAUAAUCUGACUAAACCUUAGUAUUUGUUUUUAUAGAGUACUUUCAAAUACAGUUCCUGUUAUUGGACGAGCAGAAGCACUUACAAUGACAAUGCCUAUGGGCGAAACGGCGGUUUAGACAACCGACAAUAUAAAGGACGACUUAUUGGCAAACCUCAUUUAGAGAAAUUUGCGUUGGCAUGA